AUGUCAGGGGAUCAGAUCCCUCCUUUCAAAAGUGUCUGGUCCAAUUUAUCGAUUCAAGACGGUCUUGCUUAUGUGGGAUUCCGUGUGGUAGUUCCACAUGCUCUCAGACUUGAAGUCCUGGCCAAACUGCACGCUGGACACCAAGGUAUCGAUUGCACACGUCGAUUGGCUCGCCAAUCGGUUUUCUGGCCCGGUCUCAACAACGAGAUAAAAAAAUAUGGUCUUUGUCAACAAUCCCGUCCGGACCAACAAAAUGAACCUCCCGCUGCAGAUCCCAUUCCAUCUCGUCCCAUGGACGAAGUUCAUAUGGACCUCUUUGAGAUGGAAGGAAAUUUUUACCUGGCUGCUGUUGAUCGCUACACAGGAUUCCCAUUUCUUCAUCACUGGCCUCGUUGUCCCUCAUCCCCUCAAGUGUUUAUUGCUUUGACUUCAAUUUUUUUCCUCUUUGGAUCUCCACGAGGGAUACGAUCGGACAACGGCCCGCAAUUUUCCUCUAUUGAAUUCAAAAAGUUUUUGUCUCGUUGGAACAUCAUGUGGAAAUCAAGUUCCCUGUACAAUCCGCAAUCCAAUGGGUUGACAGAACGCACAGUCAAGACCCUGAAGGACACCUUGCGACGCCUUCAGCCCCACACGAUCCAUUCAACGGCCGUCUAUGAAGCCCUCCUCUCUCUAAGGAAUACUCCUCGCCCUGAUGGAGUUCCUCCAGCUUAUUGCAUGUUUCAUCGCAUUUUGCGGCCCCAAAUCCCGACUAAUAUGCUUGAUCGCAACUUGGAUCUAGACCAAGCUAAUUCUUGCCGGGCUAUUCAAAGCCAAAAGCUCAUCAACGCCAAGAACAACAUACAAAAUCCCUACAUCCUCUUAUCCAAGGUCAAUCAGUAUUUAUAA